AUGGACUCAAAGGACGAGAGGAAUCUUCCUGUUAUCAAGGACACCGAAUUGGGUGGUUCUGAAGAAACAGCCCGAGUGGUAGAUCAUGUCGCAGAGAGAAAGCUAUGUCGAAAGUUUGACGUGCGGUUGAUGCCGGUCCUGGCAAUCAUGUAUCUCUUCAAUGCCCUCGACAAAGGCAACUUGGGCAAUGCGGAAUCAGCAGGCCUGAGCAAAAACCUCAACUUCGCACCGAACCAGUACAACUUGCUGAUCUCGAUUUUCUUCGUGCCAUAUGUUGUCUUCGCUCCGCCGGUCGCCAUUCUGGGCAAACGCUUCGGCCCUGCUCGCGUGCUGCCAAUCCUCAUGUUCAUUUUCGGAUCCAUGACUCUCUUAUCCGCAGCAGCCAACAACUUCGGGGGCCUCUUCGCUCUGCGCUUCUUCCUGGGCGCGGCCGAGUCUGGAUUCUUUCCAUUGGUCAUCUACUAUCUGACGACGUUUUAUCGUCGAGGAGAACUGGCUCGCCGGCUUGCGCUGUUCUACGCAGCCUCCAAUAUUGCCAACGCUUUUAGUGGUCUCUUGUCCUUCGGCGUUUUCCAGAUCAAGUCCAGCCUUCUCCCAUGGCGGUACCUCUUCAUCAUCGAGGGUGCCUGCUCAGUCCUCUUCUCGUUCUUCACAUACUGGUAUCUCCCCCUCAGCGCCUCAGAGGCCAAGUUCCUCAAUGAUGAGGAGAAGGCGCUCGCCUUCCACCGUAUCCAGGUCGAUUCCUCAUCCGUCGUGUCUGAAGACUUCAACCUACGGGACUCGCUAAAAAUCUUCACCUACCCAUCCACAUACGGGUUCCUGAUGAUCGAAAUCUGCCUCGGUGUCCCCAUCCAGUCCGUGGCACUCUUCAUGCCCCAGAUCAUCUCACGCCUGGGCUACAGCGUCGUCAAGACGAACCUGUACACCGUGGCGCCCAACGUCGGCGGUGCCGUGAUGCUCCUCAUCCUCGCCUUCAGCUCCGACUUCCUCCGCCUGCGCUUCCCCUUCAUCAUGCUCGGCUUCACCCUCACCUUCAUCGGCUUCAUCAUCUACGCCGCCAUCCAGGACGUCCACGCGCAGCUCCAGCUCGCCUACUACGCCUGCUUCAUGAUGGUCUGGGGCACCUCGGCGCCCUCCGUCAUCCUGUCGACAUGGUACAACAACAACGUCGCGCACGAGGGCCGCCGCGUCGUCCUCACGUCCGUCGGCGUGCCCCUCGCCAACGUCAUGGGCCUCGUCUCCAGCAACAUCUUCCGCGAGAAGGAGAAGCCCAAGUACGAGACGGCCCUCAUCACGACGGCCUCCUUUGGGGCGGCGGGGUGCCUGAUCGCAGGUUGCCUGGGGGCCUACAUGGUCUUCGACAACUAUCGGAGGAACCGCAGGGAUGGGAAGAAGACGACUGCUGCCGAUGUGCCGACGCACCGGUUGAGGGAGGGACCCAGUGCCCCCGAGUUUCGGUGGUUCUUGUAG